CGGUGUGUAUAGCGCGAAUAUUUCCCGCGCGCUGUCACAUUGGAACACUCGCCUCAGCUGGACAAGUUCAGGAAAAUUUCGUUGGUGUAUGUUUUGCAAAACCUCAAUAUCCGUAGAAAUGUUAACACCACCACAAGUACCCGUAGGAAUGGGUGAUCUUAUUGUGUUAAAGGAGAAGUUAGUGCAGCAGCAGCAACAGGUGGACAUGCUACUGGCUGACAGGGCUGCAGCCACACUGGCUUCAUUCCAUUUCCAAGAGCAACUUCAUGCCCAGGUUUGUCGUGUGUCGUCUGCACAGGAGUCCCGAGCGAUUUCCAGAGGUUUAGAUUCUGCAUCGCCUCCUCUGCACAGGAGGUUUGACCGCAGCGUUAGCGAGCCGCCUCCUGAUCGUGUGAAGAGCAGUCGCUACAAGACGGAGCUAUGCAGGCCGUUCGAGGAGACUGGAGCGUGCAAGUACGGAGAGAAGUGCCAGUUUGCUCACGGUGCUCAUGAGCUGCGCGUGUUGCCGCGCCACCCUAAGUAUAAGACGGAGAUGUGCCGCACCUUUCACACGACGGGACUAUGUCCCUAUGGACCGCGCUGUCACUUCGUACACAAUCCUGACGAAAACAUCCAGGAGGAGAGCUACGAGCAGCCGAAGGUGGCACUGCAGCAGCAGCACGUGAGGUCGUCCAUUUCCAGCGGCCUGUCGUACAGCAGCGGCUCACUGUCCCAGUCGCCGCUCUCUAGUCCAGGAUCACUGUCCCCGAAAAACGAGAAGACCUUGUUUGCAUUCGACCAGGACGCCCUCGCAUUGGCAUUGAAGUCUGUUUCGAUCGAUCAAGUUCCUCAGAGCAGGCUGCUCCUGCAGCCGGUUCCCGAGCAAAAUCGUACCAACUAUCUACAAGACAGCACCCGUGGAAUCAGGUUGCCCAUCUUCAACAACUUUGGUAUUAAACCUUAAUUAACCCAUGAACUAGAAAACUAUAAUGACACGGGUUACUGUUUGUUGUUGGUUCUUGGGCUACUGGAUAUGUUUUUACAUAUUUCCAAUACUAGUGUCAGGGAUGAUAACAUCACAAGCUGAAUGAGCUGUGCCAUGUGAUAUUUCUCAAUAAUGAUAUUUAAAAAUUUUGCACUAAAUUUAGUGUUUUUGUAACUUAAAAUUAUGAGGUAGAUUAUUUAAUUAUCCUUAGUAGUGUUUGGCAUUUUUUGUUUGUUUUCUUUUUUAGUUGGAAAUAAAGGUUGAUAAUUUAUGUCGUUUUAUAAUGUAAAGGUGAGCCAAGAAACGUAUCUGCUCACAAGCCAAACUGCUUGGUCCGGUUUGCUGUGCAUGGCGAUGUUAUUUAUUAAUAUCAGUCUCUCGAGUGUCUGGAAAUCGAGGACUUGUGAAACAGUAAUUUUCUACAUGUUGGGUUUUGUGCCUGCAGUUAUUGUAUUGGGUGGACCCUGGUAAAUUAUUUUGCAGAAGUUGAAUUUAUAUUGUGAAGGAUACAUUGAGGACUGGGUAUUUGUUUGUUCAUUCCACUGGUACUGUACAGUCAAUAUAUUUCAACCACUACAUUUUUAAAUUGUAAAAAUUUCAAAACUAUUCAUAAGCAAUUAUUUUUGCAGCAUUCUGGCAGAAUUACAUAUUUUUAAUUUCAUGAUUCCAGACAUUAAAUCUAUUUGCAUGUAGUAUUACAAUUUAUUAUUUAUUAUAAUUUGUUAUAUUUAUAUUUAUUAGAAAGGGUCUGUCACCUUCGGUAGUGGUACUUGAAACAAUAUUCUGAUUACUUCUGUAAAACGUUCACAUUCCGACCAAAGAGAUUUUAGUUUUGUAAAAAUGAUAUUGUAUUGUAACGUUUUGUACAGAAAAUAAAAUGUUUUCCAUUA